UUUCUUGGGCAUGCAAAGUCCCAGAUUUCCAUUCUAGCUCCUGGCCUGCCUGGUGAGCCUCUGGUAUAAGUCAAUCUCCCUAGUGGCUUUGCGACAAGCGCACCAUCUUGUACCGGCGUCCAGCCUAAUAAGCGGAACCAUAACCAGGACUUGUCCGGAAAAUGCUAUUAUAAUAACGCCAACACCCAUCCUUUGACCCCACGUUACUUCAUUUAAGGCUGCUCAAGGGCUGAAUCACUACUUACUGCUGAUACUUUCCCAUUUUUUGUUUUCGAAUUGUUCAUUUACGACCGACCGUACAUGAAUAUUGCGCUGUCGCGAAGAGAGCGUGGCCGAUAUACCACAAGCAGUCAACAAGUGGGGAAGGCGACGAAGGUGGACAAUAACUCCUACGUGGCUGAACAAUAUCUGCAACAUCAGCGUUGAGAGAGGACACAAACCCCGACUACCGUCAAGAUGGCUCGAUCUCCAUUUUUCCCCUUCUACAUCAUUCUGCCCAUUCUCAUGAUCGAUGGCCUGAUCGAGUUGAGCAUGAUCUCAGCGACGGUUGGCUUCCUCCACGCACGAGCUGGCAAAUUCUUCACUGUCGAUACAUCAUCUGGAUCUUUCGACAUCCAUGGCAAACCCAAGAAUCUAUACGUCGACCAAGGCCAUACAAGCAACGGCGCAGCAGGGACAGCCAUUAUCUUGAUCGGCCUAGGUGGUCUAUUGACCAUUUGGUUCGAAAAUAGACGGGCCAGGAAGACCAAUGCGACAAACCACUCCUUUCUCUUCAUCUUCUGGGUAGUCAUGACUUGGUUGUCAGCGGCCCUGACGCUCUCCGCCCUGAUCUACGUCAACGUGGUAGUUGCCCAGACCGACAAUCAAACGAUCAACCUGACGAUCGCCGAACAAAAUCCCGAACCAGCAAUGUACCCUCUCGACCACUGGACACCGGACAACUGGUUCAAGGCGCUCCUCAAGCUGGACCUCGCGCAUUCUAGCGAUAGAGGCACGUUGAAGUACCACCUUCGACUGAUCAGUGGAUGGCGAUGGAACCUGAUCCCCUUGUUCGUCAUCGGAGCAGCGGUGGCGCUGUUGGCCUUGUGGGAACUCAUCCGAUCGCGACGAUGGACGACGGGUGAAUCGAGAGAGAAACUGCGUGGUUCGGGACAAUCUCAACAACCCAAACCAUUCCCUAGCCCCUAAAGCCGUGUUCGAUUUCGGGUGAGGAGCAGAACAAGCGAGAUACGAAACGACGGGCAAAGCAACGGGGCCAUCGUCACUUGUCGAGUACCAAGUACCAACUACAGUGAAGUGAAAGGAGACGGGCCCUUUUCCGGAACGAUUCAGCACGGCCGACUUUUGUCGUCAUCAUGGAACGACAUGCAUGCAUCAUCGACACCUCUACCACUUGAAAAAAAGGAGAACGAUCUACAUUAAUCAUUCUUAACAACCUUGCCAUGAAUGAUACCCGGAGCGUGGGAAGCGUGGGCGUCGACGGGCGGAGGAAUGGACACACAAAUUUGCAACCAAUUAUACGAUUAUACCCUGUCGUCAUUCACUCGCUUUUGGUUACAUACAGGACCUUUUGCUUUUGUUUUUUUGUUUGGUCUUUUUUUGUUUAUCGGUUCCAACGGAGAAAUCAUGGUUGAUUUCGAUCGGAAGUGACGAAUUUCUUUUUUGUUUUUGGACUCUUGUGGCUUUGGCAUUACCUUUUUGGUUUUUCUGUAUUGUUUGCUCGCGAAAUAUUGAUGACCAGGUAGUGAGUGUAUCCGUUGACGGAUCAUGUUUGAUGACUGCCUUGGGGGUAUAGAAUAGUUGAUGGUAUAUAUUGCAGUAUGUCUACAAAGUACUUUGGUG